CGAUCGCUCCACGACGAAACAUGGCUGAAAAUAAGAUGCGCGAAAUUAAGGUAAGCAAGCUCAUUCUGAAUUGCUGCGUCGGUGAAUCUGGUGACCGUUUGACGCGAGCUGCACGCGUUCUCGAACAACUCACGGGACAGGAACCUGUAUACUCUAAAGCUCGCUACACCUGCCGUGGAUUCUCCAUUCGGCGCAAUGAGAAAAUUGCCGUGCACGUCACUGCAUGCACCGGUGUAUCGAAAAACACCCUAUCUCAAGAACGCGUACGCGGUGAAAAGGCGAUGGAGAUCCUUGAGCGUGGCCUCAAGGUCAAGGAAUACGAGCUAAAUCGCAAGAACUUUUCGAUCACUGGUAACUUUGGCUUUGGCAUCACCGAGCACAUCGAUCUCGGCAUCAAGUACGAUCCGACGACAGGAAUCUACGGAAUGGAUUUCUAUGUCUGCCUCGAGAGGCCUGGCUUUAGAGUCGCACGCCGGAAAGCGCGUCAGGGCAAGGUUGGUAUCAAGCACAAGAUUCAAAAAGAGGAUGCCAUCAAAUGGUUCCAGCAAAAGUACGAAGGCAUUGUGCUUGGUUGAUCUGGAGCAGAUCAUUACGGGUGUCAUUCAAAACCGCUUCUCCCUCAAAACUCCAUGUGAGCCUCAGCACAAACCCAAAGCGGCGGCAUGAACCCGGAGUGCGAAGUGCGCGCAAUGUGCGCUGUUUCUACGGGGCUUAAUAAAUAACGUGCGGCUUGGCUUC